AUGCUCCGACCCACCUUCCGAACACUGCCAAAGGUCAAUGGAGGACUGCUGACGCCGCUCUCCAGACCCGCGCUGACGCCGCUCUCCAGACCCACGCUGACGCCGCUCUCCAACCCGGCGUCCAUGGCAGGAUCCCGAACGUUUCUGUUCAGAAAACGAGAACCCCACCCUGACGACAAUGAUCCCAUUCUCAAACACAUUCCCCGGUUCAUCCGGCCUCUCGCCCGCCGGUUCAAGAACGCCCCCGUGUCGUACGUCACGUCGUUCCUGAUUGUGCACGAAAUCACAGCCAUCAUUCCGCUGUUCGGCCUAUGGUGGUACUUCAACAGAUACGACUUCGUGCCUCCAGGACUGCCCGACUGGCUCAUUGUCAAGGGCAUGUCCGUGAUAGAUAAGCUGCUGGAGACCCAGGGAUGGUCCUUUCUGAACAUGGAGAACUCGGCCCGAGUGGUAAUGCAGGGUGCGGCGGCCUACGCUCUAGUCAAGGCCACUCUGCCUGUCCGAAUCCCCAUUUCCCUGCUCCUGACCCCUCCCUUUGCCCGAUGGAUCUUCAUCCCCACUACCCGAGGCGUCGGUCGAAUGUUCAAGAACGUGUUUUCGCGAAAGAAGAGCACCAAGGUGGACACAAAGCCCGUGGAGCAGCCCAAAAUCGAGUCUCUCAAGACCGAGCCUCCAAAGUCGGUAUUCAACCCGAAACCUGGCGUGUCCAAACCCGCAGAACCUCCCAUUACCAACGUCCACGGAGGCCCCAAACAGUAA